ACAGAGUCUUAGGUCACUGCUCGCAGAGCUGGUAUAUAAGGGCCUCUCCCAGCAGGAGGAGCAUCACACCUUCCUCACCUCUCCUGAGUCCUCUCUCCUCACUUCACCUGAGUCCUCUCUACUGACACCAUGGGUUGCUGUGGUUGUGGAGGUUGUGGUGGCUGCAGCAGUGGCUGUGGCAGCUGUGGGGGCUGUGGGGGCUGUGGCGGCUGUGGCGGCUGUGGUGGCUGUGGUGGCUGUGGAAGCUGCACCACCUGCAGGUGCUACCGGGUGGGCUGCUGCUCCAACUGCUGCCCCUGCUGCCGCGGCUGCUGUGGGGGCUGCUGCAGCACCCCCGUGGUGUGCUGCUGCCGCCGCUCCUGUAGCUCUUGUGGCUGUGGCUCGUGUGGCUGUGGCUCGUGUGGCUCAUGUGGCAAGGGCUGCGGGAAGGGCUGUUGCCAGCAGAAGUGCUGCUGCCAGCAGAAGUGUGGUUGCCAAAAGCAAUGCUGCUGCUAGAUGUGCUCUCCUGACUCUGGGGCAGCCGUGGCAGGUCCCUGCUCUAGGUCAGCUUCCUUUGUGUCUGCUCUUCUUGACUUGUAGGUCACAAGCAUGACUUGAGCUGAUGACUGCCCAGGGGACUUUCAUGCGUCUGGGAAUUUCAUAAUCCUGCCAGCACUGCAUUAAACCACUCAAAGUAAGGAAUGGGCAACCUUCUGUUGGUUACUGUUCAAAUCAUGCCUACCUAGGCAAUCAAGAUACUUCA